AUGGGCUGCCUUGCAUCGCGGCCAAGUGCUGCGCCCGCGCUGGACGAGAAACGCACAUUGCUGGACGCAUAUGCAGCAGAUAAACCCAGCCAUACACCUGUCGAUACGACGUCGCGAUUGGCGGCGCUGCGUGCGUGUAUGGACGAAGCAGGGGUGCAAGCGUACAUUGUACCGAGCGAAGACGCUCAUGCCUCGGAAUACGCUGCAGAAUGCGAUCAGCGGCUUGCAUAUGUAUCCGGAUUUACGGGCAGCUCCGGAACUGUGGUGAUUUUCGGCGACUCUGCGCACUUGUUCACCGAUGGUCGCUACCAUAUCCAAGCUGCACAGCAAUUGGACAUGCACUGGACGCUGCACAAAGUCGGUGAGCCGGGCGUGCAAGAAUGGCCAGCAUGGCUUGCAAGCAACUUGGAUGGAGCUCAGGCCGGUGUGGAUGCCACUGUGAUUUCAUACACGUUGGCAACCAAAGUAGCGUCGAUGUUGGCAGAGUGUGGGAGUGGCGUCACCUAUACAGCCAACUUGGUCGAUCAGGUAUGGCGGGAUCGACCCAAGCCUUCCCGUGCCCCGGUCUAUGUACACGAAAUGAAGUACGCAGGUGUUUCCAGCGAGUCGAAGAUUUGCGACGUGCGCACAUGGAUGCAAUCAAAAAAAGAAAACAACGCAUAUGUGCUCUCCUCCCUGGACCAAGUCGCUUGGCUCUUGAAUGUACGCGGCGCAUCGGUCCCAUGCAACCCCGUAUUUCCUUCGUACAUGAUUGUAACACCCGACCAAGCCGCACUGUUUGUUGAUGAAGCGCUGCUGUUGGGCGAAACAUGUGCGUACCUCGCGGCGAUUCCCGUUUCCGUGCACGCCUACGGCGACGUGUUCGACUGGAUUGCAGCGCUGUCCAGUGCAGGCACGCGCUUUUACUUUGACGAGAAGGCUUCUGCCGCGCUUGUGCGCGCUGCUGAGCAGUCGUUUGUGCUGCUUCCUCCUGACAACCCCCUGGCCAUGGCGAAAGCACGCAAGAAUCCCACCGAGCUCAAUGGGAUGCGAAACGCGUACCUCCGUGACGGGGCCGCUUGGGCACGCUGGGCAGCAUGGCUUGAGGAGCAAAUAGUAGUGCACGGCAAACACAUCGACGAGCGCACAGCCGCCGACGCAUUUGCGACGAUUCGUGCCCAGGAUCCGCUCUACGCGGGGAUGCAAGCCUACGAUGCGAUCAGUGCCACGGGCGCCAACGCAGCGCUUCCUCACUACGAGACCCCGCGCGACGGUGCGCCGAUCAUCAACCGGAUGAGCCCGUACCUGAACGAUUCCGGCGCGCAGUACCAUGACGGCACGAUCGAUACGACGCGCACGGUGCAUUUUGGCACACCCACCUCCCAGCAGAAACGCGCGUUUACCCGUGUGCUCCAGGGCCAUAUUGCGCUUGCGUCGGCGCGCUUUCCCGAGGGAACGACAGGCGUGCAGCUCGAUAUGCUUGCGCGCGCGCCGCUCUUCCGCGAUGGGUACAAUUACAUGCACGGCACCGGCCAUGGCGUGGGUAGUUUUUUGAAUGUACAUGAAGGCCCGUGCGCUUUUUCCGCCAAGUCCAGCGUGCCGCUGCAAGAAGGCAUCACGCUCAGUGACGAGCCGGGAUUCUACGAGGAAGGACAAUUUGGAAUCCGUAUUGAAUCUAUUUUGGCCGUGCAGUCGUGCGAGACGUACCGCGACUUUGGCCGCUUUUACGAGUUUGAAUUGCUUACACGCGUGCCGAUCCAGCGCAAGAUGAUUGAUUUUGCGAUGCUGUCCCCUGUCGAGGUCCAGUGGCUGCAGUGGCACAAUGCCAUGGUACGGGAUGCAGUGCUGCCAUUGGUACGCAAGGACCCACGCGCAGCGAAUUGGCUCCGACGUCAGUAA